CUUGCGUAGUUGAAGAUUUUCAUUAAUUAGAUUUUAAAACGUGGAAUAAACCAUAUUUUCAUAAACAACCAAGAAGCUUAGAAAGAUAGACAUCAGUGGUCUGAGAAUCUAAUAUUGGAAAAAAGGGGGUGGUUCCAUCAUAAUUAUUAUUAUAGCCAUUUUGUUCUUAAUACACCUAUAAGAUCUACAGAAUUUGUUAAAGAAAAGAAUCUAAAAUGGCAGCUGGACCAUAUAAUUAUAGUUAUAUAUUUAAAUAUAUUAUUAUUGGAGAUAUGGGGGUAGGCAAAUCCUGCCUUUUACAUCAGUUUACAGAGAAAAAAUUUAUGGCAGACUGUCCUCACACAAUUGGUGUUGAAUUUGGUACCAGAAUAAUAGAAGUAGCUGGACAGAAGAUUAAGCUACAGAUAUGGGACACAGCAGGUCAAGAAAGAUUCCGAGCUGUAACCAGAAGUUACUAUAGAGGAGCUGCAGGAGCUCUUAUGGUGUAUGACAUCACAAGGAGAAGUACAUACAAUCAUUUAAGUAGUUGGCUGACAGAUGCUAGAAACCUAACAAACCCCAAUACAGUGAUAUUUUUGAUUGGUAAUAAGUGUGAUUUAGAUGCACAAAGAGACGUCACAUUCGAAGAAGCCAAACAGUUUGCAGAAGAAAAUGGUUUGAUGUUUUUAGAAUGUAGUGCUAAAACAGGUGAAAAUGUUGAAGAUGCCUUUUUAGACACAGCUAAGAAAAUAUAUCAGAACAUUCAAGAUGGCAGCUUGGACCUAAAUGCUGCCGAAUCAGGGGUACAGCAUAAACCUGCUACACCACGAAACCCUCUCAAUACAGAUACUCCCCCAAACAAGGAGGGAUGUGCCUGCUAGUUAAUAGGCGGCAUCUAGAACAUGUAUUGUAUUUAAAAAUGACAGGACUCAAAAAGAUUAUUGGGUGGACAAUAAUUAACUUAUCAUGGUUUUAAAAAACCAAAAAAUGUUUUGUUUUUUUUUCGGCAAGGGCACAAAAUUUUUAUAUUUUUGUUGCCAUGCCAACUAAAUGAGCCAUUCCACAUCUGCCUCUUGAUAAUAUUAAUAAUAAUAAUUUACUGUUUGCAAUAUGAUCACCAUGGUAACUGUUUGAGGAAAUUU